GGGGACAAGAAAUCAAAAAAACCGCUAUAAAAGUUCGGUCGGUAGGUGGAAACCGCGGAAUCGACCGUGGCGCGCUUCUCCUCGCCGGGGUAAUAUGGUGGCGCUGAUGUCGCGAUGCGCGAGUGCUCACAGACCUUCUCAUUCCCGUACCGUAGUCCGUCUCGCGAGCUUCGAGGCGACGUUACGUGUUGUGUAUCGUGUUCUGGAAUCUUUGUUUCCGUAUUCGUGUUUUUUCGGUGUGUCGUAGUGUUCAUAUAUCUUUCGUCUUGCGCAUUUAUAGUGUUAUUUCUCGAAAUAUUUCUUAUUUAUACCGGUAUAGUCGCAACACCGACGAAUUACGACACGUCACGCACGUAUCGGCAACAGCGUGACGGAACGAUGCACAGAUCUUUGCAACAAGAUGACGUUUGAUUCGCUCGAAGCUUUUGUUCCCACCGGAAACGUUGUUCCCGUUUGCAGCUGGAUCGAACGACAGAGUUCCUCGUGAGAAUAGUGAACAAUCCGGCUGCCGUGAAACGACAACGUGACACCGUCAUCGAUAUACAUAUGUAUAUGUACAUAUAUGUAUAUAUGUAUAAGUAGAAGAGCUGCCCUCUCGGUGAUUGUGUAUUCGAUUGUUCGUUUAGCAGUGUCGUGUGAUAAUUAUUCGUGAAACUGUGAUUCGAGAACCAAGAAACACAUAGUGUCGUGAUAAAGAAGCGUUUGGUAUAUCGGAAUCGAGUCAUUUCAGGAGGCAUCAACGAGAAUACCGAAGACGUACCAGCUUCGAUCUAUUCUUCGACAUUGGAAUCCCGUGGAUCGCGUGCUUCGUGCGACCGUACUUCUCGUGUGUAUGUGUGUUGUAUAGUGCAGGCACAGCGGAGCUACUAGCAUCGUGACGUCCUAAAGAAUUUGCCGAGUGCGACGAGAGAAAUAUUCGUCAUCUUCACCUUCGCAAGUUAUUCGACGAGUUUGAUAUCGAAAAAUAAAGGGGGAGGAGGGGGGAAAGUCAAAGAAAUCGCUCGAUUUCGAAGAAUCGUGGGGCGUCGUGGAAACGUCGCGGUGUAGAAAAAGGAAAAGAAAAAAAAGCGUAUAAAUGAAAUUCCACGUCGCGACAUAUCGUUGCUUCCGCGAUCCUCAUCCGCCUCGAGCGGAGUUGCGCGCGUAGGAAUCGAGAUGGGGUUGAAGAAUUAGAAGUGUCGGUCGGUACGCGUCUCAACCUUUAAAAAUGUCCAAGGAAGACUCGAGCGCUUGAAUGCGUGUGCUCGGUGUUGCUGCUGUCCCCCGAUCCGGAGGUUAAUUAAAGUCGAUGAUCGAGUCUGAUGGUAAGAGACCUCGUUAGCGGGAAACUGGGCCAAUUUUUCCUUGACUUCUCUUCUCGAUGCCUUUUCUAGCGAAACAACUCGAAACAACCCCGAUCCCCAAUUAACCAUUUAACCGAGCCUUCCGUUCCUGUGACCGCACGAGUGACAAUAUUAUCCGUGUCGGAUAUAUCGAAUCGAGUAAUCAAGAAUUGCUUUCAAACGCGCGUUAAUUCGAUUCGCUGCGACAACUAUGAAAAGAAGUCGAACCGAGUCGGCCGAGUUGACCUUCUUACCUUGCUACUCUCGUACCCACUGAACUAUAUGGAAACGAUGAUGAAAUUCGAUGAUGCCAUUUCCGAGAUCCCCCAUCGUUCCCGGGAACCGGCCGAUAUCUCGCGGUAUCAUCGCGAAAAUCUUCCAGAUAGACUCUUCUUGGGAAAAGAAUUCGGGCGUGACCGAUAAGGGUGGGAAGUCGUUUCCCUGAAACGCCUUAUCUCCUUCUUCCUGCCGUUCACUGCGGGCCCGCGGAUGACGAAGAGCGCGUGAUCCAGUUAGACGACUAGCUAAACCCACCCGUCCCUCCCCCAUCUUCCUCGUCUUCCUCCUUUCCAGAGACUGAUAAGUACCGAUUUCCAUAAUGGUUCCAUGUACGAGUACGUUCGGUCUAUCCUCGCCCCGGGCUACUUUCCAUUAACUUAUCGGCCCUCUUAGACUCGCUGCCCGAUCGAUAUCGGAUUGAUUUCCGCUCGAUUUCCACCCUUGUUUAAUAUUCAUCGGGAUGAACAGGAAUCGAAAGGUGGACGUUUAGAAUUAGAAAAAUAGGGAAAGUGCCGCGUUUCGGGAAGGGAAUCGUAGGAAAUUGUUUUCUACGCGAGUAGGAGGGGAUCUCGCGAAUAUUUCUUUCCUCUCUUAUCUUGGUGAAAUAGUAGCGGUGGGAAAUUGGGACAGCAUUACGGGGCAAGAAACAGGAUUUAGAGAAGCGCGAGAAGAGAGAUCCCUUCUUUCGUAAUUUUUGUUUCGCGUUCCUUUCUCUUUUUCUUCUUCCUUUUUCUGGGGAACGGUGCCACGCUUCUUUCACUCCUCCGCCAAUCCAUUCCCCGAAUCGUUACGGAGUUUCAAGCAAAGCCAUCGAUGAUUACUUUUACGUCCCUUAUCCGACUUCAAUUUCGACCUGACUGUGUUUCCAGUUCAGAUAUACUCGCCAUUUCCAUAAAGAAUAUCCCUCGAUUGAACACGCACCAAUCACCGUUCCCACCCGCCCCACUUUGUCCCGCGUCAAAGAGCAAUAAAAAUUUCCUGCCCGGGAUGAGAAUUUAAAACCGAAUAGAAACCGAAAUUCGAGAUGGAUAGAAGCUUACCACCGCCGAAUUAGCUUUCCUCCCCACCCCCCAGAAUCUGGCUGGCAAGAUGAGUUUUGUAAUUGGAACCACUUUCCAAAUCCGACGCCGGCUACUUUGGGAUAAAGUGGCCCGUAUUUCGCGAUAUCGAUCGUUUGAUUAAAUUAUCGUACACGUAUAUGUGCAACCGUACGAAUUUAUCUCGUACGAAUUUCAAUAUUCAAGAUCCAAGUUGAAUCGGACCAACAAUUUUUGGAUAUUGCAUAAUAUUUCUCAAUUGUCGUAUCUUACGAUACGAUUCUUCACUUUCGAACUAACAACAUACGGAGGAACGAUAUGGCGGGAGAAAAUGGCAUCGAUAAGGGACUCUCUUUAGCAAAAUUCCUCAAAUUCCAAAUUCGAAGAAAAUCGCUGAUUCGAAAACCGGCGAGAAACGCUUCUCCAAUCCUUCCCCUUCUCCUUUCCCUGAUCAAUUAUCGCGCGAAUUCUUUCUCAAAGAAAGAAAUUCCCUUUCGUAGCGAAUCAAAAUUCCUUUGUCCUGGAAACCAGCAGCGCACCUUUUCGAUCUCUCUCCUGGCCGACCUCUCUGACCCAACGCCGCCAAUUAUCGUGGCGAUUCCUCGGAGAGUGGUGGAGGGAAGGAGGGAUCGAUGUCUGAACCGGUUCCUACUGGAAUUUCAGGGAAAACCGCAAGCAUACGCGGAGGUGGCGCGCAGUUAGCGCUCGAACAGGCCUAAAUGAAGAACGAUCGUCACGGGGACAGGUGAUCGAUAGCGAUUGCGAGGAGCCGCGUGCGGCUGUGUGUGUCUGUGUGUGCGCGCGCGCGUGGCCGCACAGGGUAAUCGUGGCGGUGGCGCGCGGGGCUAGGGGCGGAGAGGAGCAAGAUGGAACUCUUCCUGAUUCUCGUCUGUCUGAUCGCGCCGCCCACCCUCUCGCUCUCGAUCAAGAGCAAGCUCAAUCCACGGAUCGUGCAGACGCGUUACGGCGAGGUGCAGGGGGUCGUACGCUCCUUCGAAUACGCCAAGUUCCUCAAGCCGAUCGACGUCUAUCUCGGGAUACCGUACGCGACCCCUCCGAUAGGGGGCAACAGAUUUUCGCCGACCAAGGCGUCCAGUCCGUGGGAAGGAGUCAGGUUAUCGGAUUCGGUCGGUCCAGUCUGUCCUCAAAAGCUGCCCGACAUCUCAAAUGAGCAAGAGGCGUUAGAGCGGAUGCCGAAAGGUCGACUCGAGUACUUGAAGAGAUUGCUACCCCAUCUGCGAAAUCAGAGCGAGGAUUGCCUCUACCUGAACAUCUACGCGCCGGCCAUGGGGAUGGCGGACAACAACAGUAGAAAGCAUCCGGUGUUGCUGUACAUCCACGGGGAGAGCUACGACUGGGGUAGCGGAAAUCCGUACGAUGGCAGCGUGCUGGCCAGCUACACCGACCAAGUAAUCGUGACGAUGAACUACCGGUUGGGCGUGCUCGGCUUUCUCAACGCCAACAUGGCGCCCCAGACCAAGGCGAGGGUCGCGAAUUACGGGCUGAUGGAUCAGAUCGCGGCGCUCCAAUGGGUCAACGAGCACAUCGCCCUGUUUGGCGGCGAUCCCAACAACGUGACGCUGAUGGGUCAAGGGACUGGGGCCGCCUGUGUUCAUUUUCUCGCCAUCAGCCCGACCGUCGUGCGUGGUCUGUUCAAGAGGGCUAUUCUAUUAUCAGGCAGCGCCCUCUCGUCGUGGGCAGUGGUCGAGGAUCCUGUUUCUUACGCCUUAAAACUAGCCAAGGCGGUCAAUUGCACGAUUCCGAAUGAUUUGUUCAAGAACAACGAACUGAUCGUCGAUUGUCUUCGGGAUCGAAGUUUGGAGGAGUUGAUGAAAGUCAAUAUCCAACCGCCGACAUUUUUGAGCGCGUUUGGGCCCAGCGUAGAUGGCGUGGUCAUCAAGCCAGACUUUCAGAAAGAUCUUCUGUCGUACAUGGGUCCGGAAUUCCAAGGAUUCGGGCCGCUGCCAAAGAAAGCGGAGCACGGUGCCCCAAUCACGAGUAACAACAAAUACGAUUUGCUGUUCGGCGUGACCACGAGCGAAGCGUUGUGGAAAUUCGCGGAGAAGGAUGUACAGCAAGGGUUCGAGGGCGAAAGAAGAGACAGGAUCAUCAGAACAUACGUGAGGAACGCGUACGUGUAUCAUCUGACGGAAAUAUUUUAUACGGUGGUGAAUGAAUACACCGAUUGGGAGCGGACAGUGCAGCAUCCGGUGAACACGAAGGACGCCUGCGUCCAGGCGCUAAGCGACGCCCAAUUUGUGGCGCCUUUGGUGCAGACUGGCGACCUCUUCACUCUAAGACACACGAAGAAACCGAAUAAUCCUCAUAUAGCACCGAUUCCCGAAAGCGAGAAAGAACCACUGCCCAAGACGUAUUUCUACGUGUUCGACUAUCAGAUGAAGGAUGGGGAUUAUCCUCAGAAGAUGGGCUCGGUCCACGGCGAGGAAUUGCCAUUCGUCUUCGGGGCACCGUUGGUGGACGGGUUCGGUCACUUUCCGAGGAACUACACGAGGUCUGAAGUGGCACUCUCCGAGAGCAUCGUGCAGUUCUUUGCCAACUUCGUCAGAACUGGGAACCCGAACGUGAUCGAUCACCACGGUCGAAACGACACGCUUCUGCCCGCCAGCCGGGAGAAAAGCCGUUUCCGGAGCCUGACGUGGGAUCAAUACGACCCGGUGCACCAGAAAUACUUGGAGAUCGGCAUGAGGCCAAAGAUGAAGAAUCAUUACAGAGCUCAUCAACUAUCCGUUUGGCUUCGCCUCGUCCCAGAACUUCAUCGAGCCGGAAUGGAGGACGUUGAUUCGAGACACAACUUGUUCCGAGGACACUCGGAUCCCAACCUCUACGACGGAUCGGUGAGGCCGGAUCCCCUGAGCAGAAUCAGCGAGGAAUUCAAAAGGAAGAACGUAACCACCGAGCCUCCAACCACCACGGAUUACAAUGCUGCCACGUGUGUCAGUUACAUUCAGACCACGAAUUUGCAGAACAUUAAUAACACCGGUAUAGACACCCUGGCCAAUUUGGAUGCAGCUGGGUAUGCCGCGUAUUCGACAGCUUUGAGCGUGACGAUCGCGAUCGGAUGCAGUUUGCUGAUUUUGAACGUGCUGAUAUUCGCGGGGGUUUACUAUCAAAGGGACAAAACGAGGCUCGAGGUAAAAAGCCUUCAACAGCAACAAAUAUUGAAUCAACAAUGCGGACCACGAGGUUUCUCAGAACUCAAACAGCCGCCUCCGCCACACUCUCAUUUCCCUGGGGGCGGCCAAGUUAUCGUCGAUGUUGAAAAUGAGAUGUUGAGAAGGAACGUUAUGAAAGGCUCUCCAAACGAUCCCAACACGCUUCUCCAACAGGGCCAGGGAACUCACACGUUGCCUCAUCAACACCAUUAUCAAAAGCAACAUCAGCAACAGCAUGCCACUCUUCCCCGAGCUUCCGUCAUACAGGACAUGAAUGCACAAACCCAAGGUCCACCAAACGGGUCCAUACAUCUGACAGUACCAAGAGCCCCACCACCCCCACGAGCAAAGAGUCCACCCGAGAAUCAGCCCCUGUUGCAAAAUGCCACCGUGUCGAGUCGCGUGUCACAGGCUACGAUGAGUGAGAUGAGAGUGUGAUGUUUGGACCCCCCUCCGAAGCCAGUCGUGCCGGACGUUCUUACGGCAUCGACGUUACUUUAAACAACAGCGAAAAACCGUCUCGUCUGUGCCAGUCGAGUCUCUGCCCGAUGAAAAUAAAGGGAAAAAAAAAAAAAAAGAAUAUGUUCAUGGGAGAACUUUUUUCAGGAAGGAAUUCCAUCCAAAUUAAGAGCGAGCAACGCUCGACUGGCACCUGGCCUGAAAGCUUCUACCGUUUUCCAUUUCCAUCGUCCAGUUGACGACGACGCGCCGCAAAAACCAACGGAGGGGGGUGAACUGAGCUUUCGCUUAAAGCUGAAGGAACAAUUGAAGAUUAUAAAGGGUAUAUAGGAGUAUCCGGUAUUCGUCGAAGAAGAAUAAUUAAGUUGGAAGAUGAAGGUCUCGACUAUCUUGAAGAGGAAAAUGAAAUAUUACUUUCUUCGAGCAAAUUCUUUCGAGAAGUCUAAUUUGAACGAUGAAAUUAUUAUUAUUAAGAAGAUCGAGAGAGGGAUAUCUCUGACAAACGUUCUAGAACGAAGAGAAAGAAGAUUUGUAGAGGAAUCGGAAGUGUGAAUAGAGGAAAUUCGAGAAUUGAAUUUUAUACGAGUAGAUUUCCCUCUAGAUUUUCUGAUAGAGAUGAAAAAAAAUAAAUAAAUAAGUAAAUCUUAAAUCGCGUGUUCAUCGACGGAUACCAGAACCUCAUCGUGAUCGAGAAUGGGUAGAUGAAUCGUGAACGUGAUCAAUAAAAUCGAAAUUCUCGGUAACGUUAAUUUACGAGGAUCGACGAUUUUCUUUCUACGACUUUUCGAGUCGAGAAAAGAAAGAAUUUCGUUUCACACGAUGACAUCAAACGAGUAUGAUCAGCUAGCUAGUCGGUAAUAAUGAAUUCUACGUGUUACGAAAGGGAAGAGACGCUCAAAAUAAAAAAUAUCGAGCAUGAAGACUCGUGUAUCAUACGCUAUCCACUACGAUGUUAGAUGUUCCUUGUAUAUAUUUAAUGAGAAAAAAGACAAAAAAGUGAAUUUAUACGAUAAGUGAAAGCCAAACAUGUUUGCUACUUUCUAAGAAGACAUGUAUUCGUGUCGCGUACAGUUUGAUCGUCCGUUAUAUUCGUUUCAUCAUUUCGUUUUUUCAUUUUCUUCCUCUUACGAUUGACUAUAAACGUUACGCGGUGUGUGCGAGAUCAUUGUCGCUCAGAUCUUCAUUGUGAAAAUAAAAGAAAAGUUCAUCGACGAAUCGACUCGUUUUUGCCUUUGAUUGGUCAAAGAAUCUUUUAAUUUACUACGUUGAUGAAAAAUAUUUAAAUAUUACAGAUCAAUGCAACAUUAAAAUCACUUCAAUUUUCUUUUCUUCUUUUUUUAUUUAAUAUAUUAGGUGCCUCCUUCGCAUAAGACACAAUGGACCGUCCAUUUUUUGCUAUUAUGAUCUUUAAAACUCUGUUUAAAUAUAAUCAGUCGAUAUUAAACGAGCUCCAGGCAUUGUACUACAAAGAAAUUAUCAUUAAAUUAGAAUUAUCUAAUUAACUGAUAUUUGUAAAAUUUUAAACAAGAUAAUAAAAAGUAUUGAAUGUCUAUCAUGUCUCAAAUAGGAAGUUCGAACAUGAAUUUUUUAAAAUUAUGAUAUACAUAAUAUAAGAAUAAAGAUUAAAAAGUUGUGAAAUUUUUUCUAUUCAAUUGUAAAAAUGAAAUUAAAAUGUCUGGAUUUACAUAUAUUGAUAUAACGAAUUCUCUUUUGCCAAUCAAAAGCUUCGAUCGUCGAUGAACAGUGUCGUUCAACUUCGUCUCAUUGUUAUAAUACCGUAAUUCAGAAUGAUAUCAUUUCAUCAAAUAAAAUCAAACUGAACGACGCUUUGAAAUGUGCCGUUCCGACGAUGAACAUUUAUGUAAAAUGAUAUACGGAUAAUUAUCAUCUUUUUUACGCUUUUGGUAACAUAUAAAUCUCUCAGCGAGACAAUUUUCAUUUCAUUCGAAUUAUCAUGUAUACUAUCGACAAAAAUAAAAAGAAGAAAAAAUACGAAAGAAAAUGAAGUGAAAAUGAUCGUGUGCAAAAAAGCUCGAUUUACAUUUGUUCAAUCAAACGCGAUUUUUUUGAUAGAUUUUAAUCUAAACAUAUUAUAUUAUAUAUUAUUUUAUAACAUAUUAUAAAAGAUAAAAAUUGUUAUUCCUUUAUUUAUAAGAAUAAUCCAUUGUUAUGAUAUAUUGUUACGAUCUAAUUUUUAAAAUAAUUGAAUAAAUUUUUUUAUUAUUUUACUAUAAUUCGAUAAUAAAACUUGAAAUAUUAUGUUUGAAUUUCAUGUUUCAUUUAAUAUCAUAUUUUGCCAAUUUAAUUAGGGUAUAAUCGAAUUGAUACAACAAGCUGUAUAAUAUCAAGUGACUAAUGUAAAUCGAGUCAUAUAAUCCACGAAUCGAUAAUACACAAACAUGGUUAUUGGUUAAACAAGUGCUUUAAAAAUAACCAUAUACCAUGAAUGUGGAUUUAAUUAAGAUUUCUAAAAUACUAUCUUAAAGAGAGUCGACGAUAGUGAGUCGUUGAAAAAGAAAAAAAAAAAUUUAUAAUAAAAUAAAUUAGUCGAUUCGCAUUCGGAUCCAAAAUAUAAGUGAUUUUUUUGUAAAAAUAAAUGAAUACGUAUAGUUGUAAUAUAAAGAUUAACAUAAAUCUGUUAUCGUGCGUAAUACACUGCCACUGGACAUGUAAAUUCACGUAAAAAAGGAUAAAGAAUUUCGAUCGGUCGAUUCAAAAACUCCAAUGUGAUUUGAAUCUUUGAAGCAUCAUUUUAAAUUUUAAGAAUAUUUUAUAAUUUUUGUAAAAAAAUUUGUUGAAUUCAAAAUUCAUUAGUAUAUACAUAAUUUAUUAUUAUAUUUUUGUUACUUAUCAUCAGCUAAGAAAUAACUUUUAAAUAUGAAAUUCUGAUCUAGAAUAUUAUAUAUUAAUAUGUAAGCAAUUUCUAUUAGACUUACCCAUUAAUUCAUCACUUUGUUCGAUGUCAUAAUUGUUCAUAGUUGUUCAACAGAUUGAUUUUUUUAAUACAUUCGAAAAUUAUGCUUCAAAGAAUUAAUCACAGAACAGAAUUUAACACUUUCACUGUUAUUGAAUAAUCAAACUAUUUACAAUGAAGUCGAAAAUUAAAUAUUUAUUUCUAUUACUAUUUAUACGAUAAAUGAAUGAUGAAAAUCAAAAUCGCAAAACGCUUUUAAACUUUUUAAUCAUAAAAGCGCCAUCUGAAUAACAGAUAUUAAAGGAAGUUUUCAUGGUUGAUCGACUUAAAAUCUUGUUUUUAUAAAACCAUCACAUGAAGACCGAGCUUAAGGAAGAAAAGAGUAUGUGUUAAUACAAAACAAAGAAAAUCAAAAUUUUUUUGUACAUACAAUUAAGCUAUUAAAAAAAAUAAAUCAAAGGAUGUGUUUAUGAUAUUCUCGCCUGGAUAACGAUCGAAAAAUUUAUCGAUCAGUUUCAGUAUCAUUGUGAAUGCAUAGAAACAACUGGAAAAAUAUUCGUUAUACCAAAUAAAGUCUUUUUUAAGAUGACUUGCGGAAUUUCGUGAAAAAGUUACGUAAUAAAUAUCAUUAAGUAUGGACAAUCCGAAUAUACUAAAGACUAAAGAAGAAAGAAAUAAUAGUAGAUUUAAUUAAGAAACAAAUCAUGAUCGGUAAAGAAAAUAAUGGCGAAGAGACGUACUGAACCGGUUAAACAAAUGUUUAAGGAAAUUUAAAUAACAUAUAUUAAAUACACAUAUUAUGGAUUGUAAUGAAUUUAUUAUGGCGAAUAUUAUUAUAUUUAUGUGAUUUUUAGCUGGCCUCGCGUUCCACUGAGAAGAUUCCUAAAACAAAUCUUUCGGCCGAAGGCAAGGCUACCUGUUACGUUUAACGUUUCUGUUAUCAAAUUGUAAAUAUAUAACAAAAUACAUGGUGAUAUUAAUUGUA